GCAUUGGGCACAACUUUUGAUUCAUAUACCAAUGAUUACAUAGUAUUUAUCCCUGCUCUGUCUAUCAUCUAGCUUGCUUUAAACGUAAUGAUAAAUGGUGGCUUCGCUAAUGGCAUCAAAGUUGUGACAUAACUUUGAUAUUUUGAGGUAUUUAUCUCAGUGACGACUCCUUAACAAGCUUAGCCAUAUCUUAGAAUCUCUACCUCAUUCAGUGAAAUUUAUUCCAAGAAUCGGGCUAGUUCACUGAGUCAUUGCGGAAUUUGGCAUGGGACAAAAUAUCAUCUCAGUUAUUUUUAAGAGACUUGAAAGACCUGUUUGAUGAAUAAUUUCCGAAAGUGUUCAUCACGGUGUACUAUUCUCAUGGUGUGCAGGUGGUAGACCAGCUGUCUGAGACCUACAAAAAUUUAUUCAUACUUAUCCUGACUAAAGUCUUAGAGUCUGAUCUUUCAUUGCUCAUCUCUAAUUCUUCAAUUCAACGAGGAGGUUUGUACAUGAUGUAGUUUCGGAUUUAUCUGACCAAAAUUUAUAGAAUUUCUUCAGUUGAACUUGCUUUUUGGUAGUGAAAGUUAAUCAAGGUAAUAUUUACUCAUGAUUGUGAACACUAGUCACCCGAAGAAGUUAAUCUCGCCUUCUGGAAGCUAGUUUUGAUGAAAGUUACCUUCUAAUCUAGCGACAUUGAAAGAGGAACCCUUUGGGGAUUCA